AUGGGAAUGGGGCUAGAUAAAUUAGUUAAAUGUCUAGGUGGAGAAAUCGAAAAAUUCCCUCUAACUAUUAACUAUUUUACUGAGAAAGGCUAUUUAAUGGACAAGAUUAAGCUUCUUUUUCGAAAGGGAGUCUUUCCGUAUGACUGGACAAAUGCAUGGGAAAAAUUUGAUAAAACAAGCCUUCCGUCUAGAAAGGACUUCUAUUCACUUCUUAGUCAGCAAAAUAUUAGUAAAGAGGAUUACGAACAUGCUAAAAAGGUAUGGCAAGUAUUUGAGAUGAAAAACUUUGGAGAAUAUCAUGACUUAUAUCUUGAAAUGGACGUACUUUUGCUUGCGGAUAUUUUCAUGAAUUAUAUCAUAAUGUGUCUCAAAGAUGAUGGCCUAGAUCCAUCUCAUUAUGUCUCUGCACCUGGAAUGUUUAAUGAUUCUUUAUACAAAAGUAGCAGAGCAGAACUUAAGCUCAUGACAGAUAAGGAUGAGUAUCUGAUGGUUGAAAAUGGAAUUCGUGGAGGAAUGACAAUGGCAAGUCAUCGAUAUGCCAAAUCAAAUAAUCUGCAAUGUCCAGACUAUGAUCCUAGUAAACUGAAGUCUUGGACCUUAUAUGAGGAUAUGAAUGCCUUAUAUUCAGAAGCAAUGACCCAAUACAUGCCUACAGAAAUUUUGGGUAAAGUGAGUCCAGAGGAAGUACCAGAUAUCCAAAGUAUCGCGCCUGAUGCAGAAAUAGGCUAUAUGCUUGAACUUGAUCUAGAAGCUCCAGUGCACUUGCACGAUUACUUUGCAGAUUAUCCUUUAGCGUCAGAAAAGCAAAUAAUACCAGAAAACUGGCUUAGCCUAUAUAACAAAAGAUUAGUAAAUGAUAAAGAAGUUGGAAAUGGAAAAUAUGCAUCAGGAGAGAAGUUGGUUCAGACUCUUUAUCCUAAAAAGAACUACGUGGUCCAUUAUCGAGCUCUCCAGAUAUAUAUGAAGUUUGGAAUGAAGGUUACAAAAAUUCAUAGCGCUUUCAAGUUUAGGCAGUCUCCAUGGAUGAAAGACUAUAUUGAGGAAAAUAUUCGCAAGCGUAAAAUUGCUAAAGCUAAUGUGGACGAGUUUGGGGAUGAGACAAAGGGAGGCCCAAUAGGCGAAUCAGUAUGUUUAAAGCCAAAGAUGUAUUCAGUCCUUCCAGCAGGCCAUGAUCCUAAAACUCCCGAUGAUCCAGAUUCUGAAGACCCUAAAAAGAAGCAUGGCAUCCAGAAGGCAAAGGGUGUUAAGAAAUGCGUGGGCAAAAAAUAUGAUAAUCUUGCAAAAAACUAUGGAGACUAUCUAAAAAAACUGCGAGCUAAAAAGAAUCCGAAUGACUAUAUUAAGACCGUCGCAGUUAAGAUGUUUCCUAACGAAGAGGCAUAUACUAUAAGGCUAGAAAAUUAUCGAAAUAGAUAUGCAGAUGAAGAUUUAUAUGUUAGUCUUGAGGAACUAUAUGCACUCUACUACCUUAUAGCCAAGGAGGAAAAUCGUGAAAGGUCAGAUGAUGAAAUAGAACAGAUACUCAAA